AGAGCAGAUUAUGAAGCCGAGGAGCUCCAGCACAGCGCCAGAGUCUCCUCUCUCUCUCCUCUCCUUUUUCCUCCUUCUUCUCCUCUCAUUGUCUCGAUGGCUGCGCAGGCAUUCUUCGUCCUUCUCCUUCUCUUCAUCCUUCUCAUCUUCUCCAGCUCCCUGGCUUCGCCGUCUGAUUUCAGCAAGACCGAUCCUGCUCUCUCCCUGUCUGAUGAGGAGCUGCAGCCGGGACUCCUCUAUGAAGAAGUGCCUCAAAUCCUGGACAGAAGCAAAGAAAAUCCCAAACAAGCCACAAGAGUAACAUCAAGUCAGGAUGGUGAAUACGGCUUGGAGAGCGAAGAGUUUAUUCUGACGGACGAAGAUGAGAACCCACUCAGGAGAAUACUGCAGCCCUUUAACUGGCACCACCCUGGAAUGACUAACAGUAAGAGGAAGCUGCUCCAGUCCCUGAUGGGACCCUACGGCCCUCUGAGUGUGUCCUAUAACGGAAAGGUCUGCAUUCUGUUCAAGGCCAAGCGUUUGGCAAUCCGCUACAAGAACCACACCUUCAUCGACCUGACGGAGAGGGUCUUCAACCCCAGUACACCCGUGGACACUAAAGGUUCUGUCUGCACUAAAGAGAAAGCAACGCUUUCUUUAAGGUUUGGUGAUGUGGAGGAUCUGCGAGGACUGGUUAUCAGGCUUCAAAUGUCCAACACGUUUUACGAGGCAGCAGGUCAGAACUGGUUCACCCUGGACAGCGUUCACAUCCACUACAACUGGACCCAGGAGGCCACGUUCAACGCCAGUGAGGUCUACGCCCCCGCCACCUCGUCCUACCACUGUCAGCACGUCAGCAGUCUGCACAAAUACGACACACUCCUGGUUCCCAGCUCACACACCGACACGUCCGCUAACUGGCACAUCACUUUCACCGACUUCCAGAUCCAGGCCUUCAAUGUGCAGUCCAACAAGUUCGCUUCGGCCAGCGACUGCGCCACCUUUCUGACACCGGCGAUCCUAAUGGGUCUGGUGACGUCUCUGAUUUUGCUCCUAGUCCUGGCCUACGCCCUUCACAUGGUGGUACACCUCAAGCACAUCGACCGCUACGAGGAACACAAAGCUACUGUCUACUUUCCCCGGAGUCCAGAGGCGGAAUUACCAGACAAAAACAGUCUGUGAAGGAGAAAGAAAAAACAAAAAAAAAAACAUAACAAAAGGUGGGACAGAAAGGAGGAGGACAGGAGAUGAGGAGCAAGUGAACUGAGGAAUGAAAAAAAGUAUCCUCCACUGAAGAGUCCUUAAAUCUAAAUGACAACUUUUGCCUGUUCGUAUGAAAUCCUUAGUCUUUACUACUUUAUGCCAACGCAGAAAACCGUGGAUGGAUACUUUUUCUUCUUACUUUGUUGACCUGCAUCUUUGCAUCCAUGAAUUUAGGAAGCCCUCCCUGAGAGAAGGUUCCAGACCCUAAGGUCAAAGAAAGCCCCCAGGGCCCUGAAGAGCGAAGACGAUCAUCAGCCUUUACCCCAGCCAGUGGAAUAAUAAUAAUAAAAAAAGAAAACCCAAAAGGCUAGCAGCUGUAGCUAAUAUGGCUCAAUGUUACAUAUUUAGGGUUUUUUCAUCACCAACAUCUGCUUCACAGCUUAACGUGUUUUUGUCAGAUUCUGCUGCGAGACAAAUUGUGCAUAUUUCCAAAAAAAAUCCCCCCCAAAAAAAUCCAGUUUUCUAGUUAAAUAUUUGUAUCAGCUGCAUGUUACACAAAUCGCUGGUCUAUCUAAGCUAGUGCAGUGUUUCCUCAUAAAGACGACUAGGUAGAGAGGUUUGCAUGAUUCGCAGUUCAAAGUACGAUCAAAGCAGAAGGAGCUUGAAUCACUCUGGGGUGAAUGGUAGAUAUUUAUUAGGAAUCACUGGUCUAGCAUCUGGCUGGAGUGAAGGCCUUCAAGGCCUCUGGAGUUUCUCAACUCGACCUCCCCCAGGGAAGAAGCUGGUCUGGGACUCGUCCGGACUUUUACAGACCAGCUGGAUCGAGGGAUCGAAGGGGAAAUCCUUAAAAACUAGCACAACAGUGGUUAGCCGCAGAGGCGCUAACACCAAAACAAACUUUUUAAGACUAUCUGAGGAACAAUGCUGCACAAAAACAGCCACAUCUAAGGGCACUUAAUGAGGGGGUUGUGGGGUUUUUGCGAUAACGUGACUCUCUGAGAGUCAACAGGCGUGAACACAGGAGACCGAGAAGGCCUGAACAAACACUGACUGCCAAAGUGAAGCUACAAUGGAGUUGCCAUACUGUAUGGUAACGUCACAAGAAGAUCAAAAAAAGAAAAAAGAAAAAAGAAAAAAAAAAGUACCUGUACAGAAAUGUCACUCUUCCAACUGAGGAUUUUGUUUGUUUGUUUGUUUUUUUUUAUAUACGAUGUAAUCAUGAAGUACUACUAGCUACAGGAUGACUAUGCUAAUCAUCAUAACCAAAAGGAAACACAAGAUUCUAUAUAAGAAAUGGAUGCUGUCAUCCACAAUGGAGACCCUGAAGUCAACCAGACGUACCUCCCAACUGUGCACUAUUGAAAGCAGAUCGGAAAAUUAGGCUAGUUCUGAUCAGAUUUUUUUAAAACAUCACCUUAGAUAUUCCUAAAUUAAAGGUUUUUAAUUAUAUUUGUAUACAUUUAUAUGUUCAAAAGAACCUUGGUUAGGAUAUCAUCUUUAAUCUGUAUAAUUAUAUAUUGGUUAACUUGUAUAUAUUUCUACAUGUUAGCUGCUUGCAGGCUAAUGUUUAGCCUAUGAUAAUUAUAUUACUUUUUAGUUGUUAGUUUUUUUUUACUAAAUUAUCUUGGGCCUAAUUUUCACCAUUUUCUUUUACUCUUUGAUGGUUAUUCUCAACCUUGUUUAUUUCACAUUUUAAUUUCAAUUUUAAUAACAAUUCCCUUUAUUGGAAGAAUGAAAAUAAAUUCUGGGCUCAUUUUAGUUUGGUUUAAUAACUUUGUUGAAAGUGAAAUUUACAGCUAGAAUUUGAGACUCGUGUGCCGUCUUUGUUUAUGUUCAACUUCUGUGUUAACAAAGUAGCCUCUUCCAGUUGAAUUACUUUUAUUACUGGCGGAGCACAGUCAGCCUUUUUCUGGCACUACACCGUCUAACCCCACGGCUCCAUCCCUUUCUUAUAUACAGUCUAUGGAAAUACAAAGCUGUAGAUAAAAUCUCUGUGCGAUCAUAGCUGUUUACUAUCAUCGAAUUAUUGCACAACUAAUAAACAUAGGUACAAGUAAGACAUUGUUCUAUGAAGAUUGGUCUGAAAAAAAUAUAUAUAAUGCAUUUGGCUAUUUUUUUUUAUUAUUCCUAUGUUGUUUAUAUUCCACUGUUUGUCUCAUUUGUUCCACACUGGACUUCACUGGACAGUGAAUGGGUCCAGUUUCAUCUUAACUGUAAAUUACAAUAAAAAAAUAAUAAAAUAAAAUUCCCAACAUACUGUACCAGGACAGUACAUGGAAUGCCGUCCCUCCUCUCCUGGGAUUCAUUAUAGAUUCCAUUAUUUCUUUGCCAGAUGCCGCACUAGCAGCAGUAACAGCAUCAGUAAGUCAUCGACACUGAUUUAAAAAAAAGAAAUGAAUAAAUAAAAUUAACACUCAGCAUGACAGUAAGUAGAUAUCCUAACAUUCGAUAUGGCAGUUCUGUCAAUCUGUAGCAGUGUGAAAUUAAUGUGUUCUUUGGUCAUUAAUGUAUCCUACAAAUACGAGAGGAGCUGUGGCCGCAGUUGUUCAACGACCAACUGAUGUAGAUCGAACAAUAAAAUGAUAUUCAGAGGAAA